AUGAAAGUGGAACCGUUCAUGAAAUCGAAGGACGACGAGAUACUGAAAAUGGAGGUGUUUGUAAUGAAGAAAAUGCAACAAUCGAAGCACAUAUGCCGGUUACUGGCGGCCGGUAAAACCAAUACUUUCAGCUUUCUAAUAAUGUCACUUUUGGGGAAAGAGCUGUCAGAGAUCAGAAGGCGUCUGCCAGAUCGAAAAAUGUCUCUCGGAAGCGUGCUGAAGAUUGGAAUCCAGUCAACCGAGGUACUUCUCGCUUUGAAUAUGUGCCUGGAUAAAAUCACAACAUGUACAGUGGAGGAAAAUUGA